UUUCCUGCAACCUAUAAAUUCCGCCGGAGGCCGGAGCACCUCGCCCUGCCCCUCUCAUUCUCGUAUCAUUUCACUGCUAAUACUAGCUCACUUCCUUCGGAUCUCGCUCGUUCCACCAAGCUACUAGUCCCUCGAAGAUGUCGACGGUGACCCGUGCCUACCUCGACCAGAGGCUUGCCGCCGCCAAGCGCUGCUCCAGAGAGGCUGCCGUGGCGGGAGCCAAGGCCGCGGCCGUCGCCACCGUCGCUGCCGCAGUCCCCACCCUGGCGAGCGUGAGGAUGCUGCCGUGGGCGAAGGCACACAUCAACCCAACUGGCCAGGCCCUCAUCAUCUCCACUGUCGCCGGGAUGGCCUACUUCAUCGUCGCCGACAAGACCAUCCUCUCCAUGGCAAGGAAGCACUCCUUCGAUGAGGCGCCGGACCACCUCAAGAACACCUCCUUCCACUGAUUUUAGACUAUAAUAGACCCAUUAGUAGUGCGCAAUAAGCUGUGUGCGCUAGCCCGUACGUGUCUGCAGAAAGAUAGUGUAUAACGUUCAGCACUUACCCGAGAUCAGGCGAGGCUUGCAGACAGUUAGUGGUGUGGGUGCAAUUAGCACUUAUCUGAUCAAGUAAUCAUCAUGUAUCCAGCCAGUAAUCUUGAAUUAGUAAUAACUUGCAUUUGUACAGAUCA